AUGAAGAUCAUAGUGUCUGCCAUUCAUAUGUUCAUUUAUUGUUUUUAUUUGGCAAACUCGCAAUUAACUAAAGAGUACGAUCGAAUCUUAGCAAAUGAACUUGAUUACAUCGAUGUUAAAAACAUUCCAGCUGUUCUCCACAACGAUAAUGUUUAUUUAACAAUUCUAUACAAAUGUUCAUCGUUCGCGCGACGUCGAAUAUCCUUAGCAAUACGCAUCGAACGAAAUUUGUAUCGAUACAACUUCGCUGUUUUUCGCCGGCAUUGGUUUUGCCAAAAAUCAAUCCGUGUUCAUACUCGGCAUAUACGUGUUAAGUUACAUCGUUCACUAGCAUACGCCUCAGAUUCGCAAAUUAAUCUGCAGUCAUGGCCGAUAGAACACGGGCAAUUGUAUUUGACCAUGUAUCAAAAUGAACAUGAAAAGGAGAAUGAAAUCAUAAAAACUCUUCAAUAUAGCGUUAAGUUUCUUCCAGUACACAAACGGCCGAACAUUCGCUCGUUUCGUUGGAGUCCACCGAUGAAUAGAAGAACGGAAGGUGUGUGCCAAACGGAACCAGAAAUAAUACGAACAGUUAAUUAUCCUUUACUAUUGACCGGUGGUGUAUAUGGAAAGCACUUCGUUCUUCCAGCCUAUAAAGAAUACAGUCUUCGAUUAGAGCAAUAUACUCGAGUAACACGUCCAAGAUUUUCAAUUCUAUUUUGGAUAUUCAUUGAGGAUUACUGCGCAUCUGAUGUCUUCACAACGCACUGUGCUAUUUUGCAGCAUCUGACGUUCAAUAAUACACAUUUAACUCCAGAAUUGUUUCUGAAUCGAGAAGGUCAAAUAACUGUUUCUAUGUUUGGAUACUUACAUGAUUUGUAUGGCAUUGGUGCGCGGACAUUUGCUGCAAUUCCGAAGAAAGAAUGGUGUCGGAUAGCAUUUAUUGUUAAUGAGUUUUUUUGGACAAUUUACGUCAAUUGCGCGUCUAAUUGGAAUCAACCUAUUGUUGCUACUUAUAAUUCUCCGAGUUAUUUUUACUCUUACGAUGAAUUGGGUACAUUUGUUAUCGGUGGUACUGAUAUUGUACCUUCGUUUCGAGGAUUUAUUGGCCAAAUGGAUGUAUAUCGAAGAGUGGCAUUAACUUAUGAACAACUGCCGAAAAGAUUUGACUUAUCCUCAAUGCCAUUUUUACCAUCGAUUCUUCAAGAUUCACUCCAAUGUCAACGUCAUAUGCGUUCUUUUAAACAAUGCCUUGAACAAUAUGAUUUAUUUAGUGCACGCAUUCAAGAUAAGUUGACUUGUACUGCUCAGCCAUAUCGAUUAAAAACAACUCCUCAACAUUGUCUUCUUGUUCGUACAUGGAGAAAACAAAUGACCUCAACGAACGAUGUGCGUUAUAGAAUAUUUCGAGCUUUACGACGACAACAAGUCAACUCAACAGCCGAUGUAGGCAAUAAACUCUAUGAGUUAGCAGUAAAAUUACUGGAAAGUGAUUAUUUGGAUCUUGUAUGCGAUCGUGUUAUAGCUUGGUCCGAACAGGCGAUUUGUUACGGUCAUCCGGCUGCGCAUUCUCUUCUCGCGGUAUUUCAUCAAUUUGGUCUUUGUGGAUUGAAGCGUAAUUCAACUCGAGCGCUUGAAUUGUUCUUUUCGGGGGCGUUACGUCAUGAUCGACUCAGUUUACUUGCACUGGGACAUCGACAUUUAUAUGGUCUUGACAAUGUUCCAAAGGACUAUGACGCAGCAUAUGUUUAUUAUCGAGAAAUGGCUCUAAAAGCAAAGAACGAGUUUUACAGUCCGAAAUCUGGUGAAGCAGCAAUGGAAUACAUUCGUCUGACUGAUGACAAGCUUAUCGGUGAAUUGACUUUUGAUAAAAGUGAUUCAUUCUACUGGCUUAAACAGCAAGCCAUACGAGGUGUGGCAUCAGCUCAAAAUCGUUUGGGUGAACUGAUGUAUGCGGGCAGUAACGGUUUAACGCGGAAUAUACAAGCGGCUGUAGAAUAUUUCCGACUAGGCGCUGCUCAACAUGAUCCGACAUCGCAUUUUGGCUACGGAUUAGCUCUGUUAAAUGGACAAGGUACCGAACAAAACGUUACUGAAGCCAUUCGUCAAAUAGAACAAGCAGUUGAACACGGUUAUCUCGGAGCUCAAGUCGCUCUAGGCUUUCAUGCAUAUGAAAUCGAAAAGAAUUAUACAAAAGCUGCGUACUAUUGGCAAAAUUGUUUCGAUAAAACCUAUGAUAUUCAUUGUGCUCAUAAUCUCGGUGUUAUGUGGACAGCUGGUCAUUAUCCUCCACAAUACGUCGUAGAUCAUGCACGAGCUUGGGGAUAUUUCUCGUUCGCUGCUCAGCGUGGACAGAUCGAUUCUAAACUCGUGGUAUCGCUUCACAAUGCUCGUGGAGGCCAUCCGGUUAUUAUUCGAGAUCCUUGGCUUGGAGCAAUUUGGUCGCGACAUGUUGCACAAGAUAGUUCCGGUCUAGGUACAAUCGUUCGACGAGCACUCGAAGCAUAUCGCGAUCGACGAUGGCAAACAGCGUUUGUAUUCUAUCUUCAAGCUGCUAUAGCUGGAAGUGAACUCGGUUAUUUCAACGCGGGUUAUCUUUGUAACGAAUUCAAGAAUGAAACUUUAUUCAAUUGUGUCGAAGAUUUUUUCAAUAUGUAUUUAAUGAUGCACGAUAACAACAUAAAUACUGAUUCCUAUGCUUUGUUAACUGCUGGCGAAUACUAUCAAUCGAAGAAAGUCAAUUUAACCAAAGCUAUGCAACUCUAUGUUCAGUUGUAUCAAACUGGGGAUCCUCAAGGUUUGUAUAAUCUUGCACAAAUGGAAGAAGAACACGAAUUGAAUUAUACCAAUUGGGAUAAAUUCGGUAUUCGUUUCGAUGAAAACGCAGCAUCAAAUCGAUAUCGAAGAUUGCAAACUAUUUAUCAACAUUGUCGAUCGCUGAACACUGACAAGUCUGAUGAAUCUUACAUACCUUGUACACUUGCUUAUUUGAAAAUCUCAGCAAUCAUCCUCUAUCAAGAGCAAUUUAAACUUCUUGUUACAAUCAUCUUAUUGUUUAUAACGACAUUCCUAUUCGUUUAUGCCGUGUAG